CUCGGCCCCGCCCCGUGACGCGCUGUGGUCAGCUGACCCGCUGCGGCCGAGGAGCCCAGAGCGAAGCCGCCGCGGACCCGGGACUCGCGCCCGCGACCCCCCGCCAUGCCGUCGGAGAAGACCUUCAAGCAGCGCCGCAGCUUCGAACAGAGAGUGGAAGAUGUCCGGCUCAUCCGAGAGCAGCACCCCACCAAGAUCCCGGUGAUCAUAGAACGAUACAAGGGGGAGAAGCAGCUGCCUGUCCUGGAUAAAACCAAGUUCCUGGUGCCUGACCACGUCAACAUGAGUGAGCUCAUCAAGAUAAUCAGAAGGCGCUUACAGCUCAACGCUAACCAGGCCUUCUUCCUCCUGGUGAAUGGACACAGCAUGGUGAGCGUGUCCACGCCCAUCUCCGAGGUGUAUGAGAGCGAGAAGGAUGAAGACGGCUUCCUGUACAUGGUGUACGCUUCCCAGGAGACGUUUGGAGAGAGCUGGGCUGUGUAAGACUCAGCAGUAUCUCAAGUUUUUAAACCUUACCAAGGAGUCAAAAGGGACAUUACCAACUGAGGUCGGUCAGUUCGUCUCUCAGAUCAGAAUGUAGGUGCCCACCUAGGGUGUUAGGAAUUGUUUGUUAUGUCAGCCAGAAAAACUGAGCUCCACAUGAGUGCUUUAAGCUUUGGAAAACUCAUUUAACCUAGGCUACCUUGUUCUCAAAUUUUAGAAGUUUAAAAAUAAAAUACUUUGCAUCUUGAGUUGCGAAUAAAACAGACCUUCAAGUUA